AUGAGUUUAUCUAUUGUAGUAGGAUCAAGUCAGUCACCAAAAACAAAUAUUUUCGGUCAAUAAUUCUUCUCUGACCAUAUUUUCAAAUAAAUUUAUAUAAUUUUCAGUUUGCUGCUUGUCUAAUUGGCGAGCAAUUCGACACCACAAUCAACUCUUUCUCUCCGAUUUUUUGAAAUUCUUCAACUUCUGCCGAUGUUACAGUUGGAGGAUAUGAUUUCGUCUUCCACAAUUGGAGAAAAUCAAAAAACUUCGAAACCAAUUACUGUCAUUGUUGGAACAACAAUUUCCUAUCGAGAACCACGACUGACUGGCCGAAAAUUGAACAUCGAAAAAACCUUGGCAGCGAUCAAAAUGAUGGAUGGGGAUGAAUUAUGUGCCAGAUGAGAACGAUUUCCUAAUUCCCGGAUGAAAAUCUAUCGAAUUUCUAUUGCAAAAAAUCCGAUGAAUUUUGAAGGCAAUUUCGAAGAUGGCAUACCAACCAGCGCUUCCGAUCAUCGAAUUUCGAGCAUGUUUGGCAUUUCAGAAGCCGAGCAAAAAGUUGUGGAUAUAAUUAAUAAGAUUAGAGAGGAAGAGAAUGAUGAAAAUGCGAAGGAUUAUAAAGAUGUUAAAAUUGAGGAUGAAAAUAAGGCGAAGAAGAAGUUUGAGUUGGCUAAUGAUGCUGAUUUUUAUACGGAUGCGGGAACAUCGAAUUUGGUUUUGGAAAUAAAAAUGAUGUAUCGAUUACGAUGGUUACACCGCGAUUUACCAAUAUUCGAGCGUCGGUGAGGAAUUUUUAAAAUUUGAGUUUUUUGAUGAAAACAUUUCUUACAAGGAAUGAUCGACAAUUUGACCCCCUGGAUUUUGAUUAUUAUUUUUGAAAAUAGUUAAAGUAUAAAAAUGAAUAAUCUUACAAUUUUCAUCUGAACUUUUGUAGCAAAGUUACUUGUGUCCCUAAAAUUGUAUUCAGAUUUUCAGUUCUUAGUCUACUUCUUAGUAUAAAUCAGUUUUUCAGUCAGUUUUUCAGCACUGCUCUUCAAUCAGAAUAUAAAUUGAUGUUCGCAAAAACCGAAAAAUGUCAUUUCUAA